CUCUCUUUAAUUCCCUGCCACCUGGUUCCACUAAGAAUGUUGAUGUAAUACUGGCGAGGGACCAGACACCUCCUAUCCCAAGAGGACACUUUCGUGCAGGGUUGCUAAACAUCCAUAUAUUUCAUUUCCAUUCUAUCAGCUUUGCAGUUUGGUUUGUUUCCACAAAAGAAGCCAGGAAACGCUCAGAAAAGAUGAAGGAUCAAAACAAGGAGUUUCACUAUCAACCAUUCACAGUUGCACUUCGUAUUCGACCAUUUAGUGAAGCUGAAGAAGAUGAAGACUCCUCAGUCACUGCACACAAAGUUGGAGAACAAAUGGUAGUGUUAAUGGACCCAACAGAAGCUCCUGAUGACAUCUUGAGAGCAAAUCGAUCUAGAGAGAGAACAUUUAUAUUUGAUGCUGUGUUUGAUAGAAAGGCAACCCAGGAAGAAGUAUAUGUGUCGACAACAAAAAGCCUAAUUGAAGGAGUGAUUUCUGGAUACAAUGCUACUGUAUUUGCAUAUGGCCCCACAGGCACAGGCAAAACAUACACUAUGCUGGGAAUGGAUUCAGAACCUGGGAUUUAUAUCAGGACCUUAAAUGACCUCUUCAGAGUCAUCGAGGAGUCUAAUAAUAGCUUGGACUACACUGUGUUUAUGUCAUACCUUGAGAUCUAUAAUGAGAUUAUACGGGAUCUCUUAAACCCAGCAGGGGUUUUAGAGCUUAGAGAAGACUCCAAAGGCAAUAUUCAGAUUGCAGGGAUUACUGAAUUCUCUACGAGUAAUGCAGAAGAGAUCAUGGAGUUUCUGAGGAAGGGUAACAAGCAGCGCACUCAGGAGCCAACGGCAGCCAACAGAACUUCUUCAAGGUCCCAUGCAGUGCUGCAAGUCACAGUGAAACAGAAAAUCAAGAGCAAAGACAUCAAUGAAGAGGUGUGCAUUGGCAAACUGUUCAUGGUAGACCUGGCAGGAUCAGAGAGGGCAUCACAGACUCGGCACUGUGGCAAGAGAAUGAAGGAGGGGGCUCACAUUAACCUCUCACUUUUGGCAUUGGGAAACUGCAUUAAUGCCCUGAGUGAGAAAGGGGGAAACCGCAGUCAUGUCAACUUCAGAGACAGUAAACUUACAAGACUGUUGAAGGACUCAUUAGGUGGGAACAGCAGAACUGUAAUGAUUGCUCAUAUCAGCCCUGCCAGCACCUCCUUUGAAGAAUCCCGUGCCACUCUGAUCUAUGCUUACAGAGCCAAGAACAUUAAAACUAGGGUGAAAAGGAAUCUGCAGAAUGUCUCCUACCAUAUAGCUCAGUACACCAGUAUCAUUUCCGAUCUUCGUAAAGAGAUAGAACACCUGGAAGAGAAGAUUAAACAGCAAGAGAGAGAGAAAAGGGCAGAGCGGCCCAACAUUAGUGAUGUACAAGAAGAUGUGCAUGAGACUGCAAGUUCAUAUAGCAGAGAACAAAUGAACAUUUUCAGGGAACAGCUCAUCAGUGCAUUUAAGGAACAAAUGGAAAUGAGGCGCAGCCUUCUGCAACUGGAAAAUACCAACAUAGAACUUCACGUUGAUACUUUGAGGCAUCUGAUUACAAUCACUGACUGGGAACAAGACAGAGCUCGACAUGAUAAAAAACCUGGGCAGAAAAUAAAGAGAGACAAGACUGCUGAAAACAGACUGGCCGAUUCAACUUACGAAGAGAAUGAGGAGGAGGAUGAAAGCAGUCCCGAGCCUCAUGAGGUUACAGUAGCAAGAGAAGAAAUUAGCAUGCUUCUUGCUGAACAAAGGAAAACUGCCUAUUUGAAGGCAGAACUGGAGAAACGGUUGUCAAAUACAAAACUCAAAGCCUCCCAGCUGGAGCAGCUCUUUCCCAAGCAGAUCAGCAGCGAGGAGCAGCAGGAGGUGCUGAGGCUGCUGUGCAGAAUGCACGAGCUGGAGGUGGAGAACACUGGACUUCAGGCCAAAGCUCUGUGCAAGGAGAAUGUGCUCUGCCAGAAGGAUUUUGUAAUUUUACAUUACCAGCAGAACAGCGCUCUGUGUGAAGAAAUAAUUCAGCUGCAGCAGACACUAAUAGAAGAUAACAAGAUUCAUGUACCAGAAUCACUAGAAAGGCUUUACCAGGUGCACAGCCUUGAGGUGGAGAAAGGAACAUUAAAUCGCCUCCAGCAGUUUCAAUUUGUCAUAUCCAAUACUCUCAGGGACUGUUUAGUAAAUGGGGAAUCAUUCCGGCACCUGAACAUGAAGCAGCUUGAGAAAGCAGUGGCUGAGAGCAGAAAAAGUUUUCAUCCUCUGGCAAAGUUUGACUUUCCUCUGGUUCGCGUUGAAUCAAACAGUGACAGUAAGACUUCAGCUUCAACUCCUGUAUUAAUACAAACAAGGCAAAAUUCCAGUGUGAGCCCAACAACUUUCCAUCUUCUACAAACACCAACAUUCCAGAGACUAAAUACUCCAUCAUUUAAAGGAAAUUUGCAGAGUCUUCUUUCUCCAAGACCACUAGAAGCUCAGAAAAGACACUCAUUAUCUGUUAAAGGGCUAAGCCCGGAGCUAUUGGAAGAGAUAGCAGUGGAAACCAAAAGUAUUUCCCUUGUUGCAGCCAGAAGGCGCUUAAGAGUUCUUCACUCAGAGUCAUCAUUUCUGGUGGAUGAAGAAAAGAGCCCGACAUCCUUGGAUCAUUGUCCACCUAUAAAGAAAGCUGUAAGCAACGACAAUAUUUUAGCUGAGCUCCAGGUGAAUACUGAGAAGUCUUUUUUUCCAUCCGAAUUCCACAGAGAACGCCAGACUGAGAUACCCAUAGAAAGGAGAUAUACAAAUAAAAGAUCACGAUCAUUCGAAACCAUUCUUCCUGAGAUUCCUAAACCAAAGCCUCAAAAGCUUCACCGUAAUAAGUUUGACAUCCUUCCGUACCCCAAAACAACACUUGCGCCUUUAAACUCAAAGUCCUUUCUAAAGAUCAAAGGAAUUGGAACAUAUCCCAGCAGUGUCCCAACUACAGCUGCUUUAAAGCCUCACAUUGGACAACACUCAGGCAGAAGAGAUCUCAUUGGCUGAGAAAGACUAGAGGACAUCACCUUAAUGACAAAUUAUAUUUGCCCUCCUGCUCCCAAAAACCGAAGUGACACCGUAUUUGUUGUAACCCAUUCCUCUCUGUAAACUGGAAUUAGGGGUAGGCGGAAGAGGUACGUUUCUAGGUGGGUGAUUACCACUUGUGGGUAAUGAAGUCUGGCAUAAAUAAAACGACUGAUCACCCAAGUGGUCAAGUAUACAUUAUUGGAGAUAAGCUUAUGAACACAACUAGGAGUUAAGACGCAAAGAUAUUUCUUUGGUGAACGACCGAUUUUAGUGCAAUUCAACCAAUCUGUCAAAUUAUCGUGAGGUAGUGGGAAUCGAACGAUCGCGCAUCAACGAUUUUUCCUCCAACAUCUGAUUGGCCAGGUUAAAAAAUUUCCAUCGGUCACAGUGAAAUCUAUCUAUGUUUGCAGGGCCAAGC